AGAGAGUGAUCCGUCAGCCGGCCUCUUCACUCCCCGAUCCCCUCCCACUCCGUUACACACCUUCACUCAAUCGACAAUCGCUCCUCCGUUUCACACCUAGUGCGCUCAUAAAGCCUGCUGGAAACCUCUCCAACCAAAUCUUCUUGCAGAUCACAGUAUGGUGAAGGACACCAAGUUCUACGAUAUCCUAGGCGUUCCGCCGGAUGCGAGCGAGUCACAGCUGAAGUCUGCGUAUAAAAAGGGAGCCCUGAAAUGGCAUCCAGACAAGAACGCACACAACCCCGAGGCCGCAGAGAAGUUCAAAGACCUAUCGCACGCAUAUGAAAUCCUUUCGGACCCUCAGAAGCGUCAAAUAUACGACCAAUAUGGCGAGGAAGGCCUGGAGCAAGGUGGAAUGGGCGGCGGCGGCAUGGCCGCUGAGGAUAUCUUCGCACAGUUCUUUGGAGGCGGUGGUGGCCCGUUUGGCGGCAUGUUUGGGGGAGGUAUGCGCGAAACGGGACCAAAGAAGGCACGCACCAUCUCCCACGUCCACAAGGUUUCGUUGGAGGACAUCUACCGUGGAAAGGUGUCAAAGCUUGCUCUCCAGAAAUCCGUCAUUUGCCCCAAGUGCGAUGGCCGCGGCGGUAAGGAGGGUGCUGUGAAGAAGUGCGCUGGCUGCGAUGGCCGUGGUAUGAAGACUAUGAUGCGCCAGAUGGGUCCCAUGAUUCAGCGGUUCCAGACGGUCUGCUCCGACUGCCAGGGAGAGGGUGAGAUCAUCCGGGAUCGCGACCGAUGCAAGCAGUGCAACGGCAAGAAGACCGUUAUCGAGAGGAAAGUUCUCCACGUCCAUGUCGACCGUGGUGUUAAGAGCGGCCACAAGAUCGAGUUCAGGGGCGAGGGUGAUCAAUUACCAGGCGUCGAGCCCGGAGACGUCGUCUUCGAGAUUGAACAGAAGCCGCACCCGCGAUUCCAGCGCAAGGACGACGACCUCUUCUAUCAAGCCGAGAUUGACCUCUUUACCGCCCUUGCCGGUGGCCAGAUUCACAUCGAGCAUCUCGACGACCGGUGGUUGACGGUUGACAUUGCGCCGGGCGAGUGCAUCAGCCCAGGCGAGGUUAAAGUGAUCCGCGGCCAAGGUAUGCCCUCAUACCGGCACCACGACUUCGGAAACCUCUACAUCCAGUUCGACGUCAGGUUCCCAGAACGCAUCACAGGCGACGACGAGGGCGGCCCUAUGACACAAGAGCAAAUCGAUGCAUUGGCAAAGGUUCUUCCGAGACAGACCAUACCCGGACCGGUACCUCCUCCAGAUGCCAUGAUCGAGGACUUCACGCUAGACGACGUCGACCCGACGAGGGAGCAUGCCCGUGCUCGCGGCAUGGCUGGUAUGGAAGAUGAAGACGACGAUAUGCAUCCUGGUGCCGAGCGCGUGCAGUGCGCAUCACAGUAAAGGGGAUCAUGAUGAUGAAGUUACGAAGGAACGACGCAAUAUGAAAGCGUGGGCUUCAAUACUCGUUACCAACGGGCUGGAGGCAUGCAUAUCCGCAUCGACCUCGGCCUGGCUUUCACGUGUUGAACUUGGAUUCUCGUUCU